CCGACGCGGUGUCUCGGAGGUAUGUAGAUAGGGGUGCGCCCAUUAUCUUCCAACUACUGGACUGUCGUUUUUCACUUCCCAACUCAUCUUCCCCAAACUCGGUUGCUUUCACAUAGCGUUGUCGAAAUGGGUCUACUGGUGAAGCUCGCGGCCGCAGGCCUCGGGUUCAUCUCUGAAGCUUUUCAUGCUGCGCGCUCGAGCUCAUCUUCCUCUUCUGCUGCACUACCUAUUGAUUCCGCUGUGGAUGAGGCUCCAAAGGAGAUGGAGGUUACAGUCCAUGCGAGUGACAAUGCGUCCUUACGCAGCAGUGACACAUACCCAGUUGAAACCCCCGAGAGCCUACCAAAGAGCACGCCUGCCUGCAGCGACAAUGUGGAGGGUAUACCCCCCCAGCCCAACCAACUCCCAAAGAAUGAACCCACCGAAUACCCCUCCGACACAGACACAGGAGCCCCCAUCAACCUAAACCAAGACGAAGCCGUAUGGCAACUCGAUGAAAUGGCCGAGCGCAUGAGAUCUCCCACAUCCGAGGAACCAGUCGAAGCGGCCGAGAAUGAACUCGAAACCGAAUGCGAGAAGGUCGCUAAAAGGGAGGCUCUGGUCCGCGAGCUCGUCGCCAUGGCAGGUCCUCCUCCCGAGGAAAUCCAACGACUUCCUUGUUCUGUCAUUAUUCCGCAGCGUCGGCCGAGAAAAAAAGAGCGCGGCUUUGUUCGUGCGUAUGCGCCAGUUCUGGAAACUUGUGGCAUUGGGCAGGAUGUGUUUUUGAAAUUCGUGGAUUAUUUGGAUCAGGUGAAUAGGGCAUCAGCCUGGAUCGAAGUCGUUUUCCUCGCCGGAGAAGCCUGCGGCUACAUCCCCGAACCGACAGCCAUGAUCGUCAGCUUGGUAGUUUGCAUCGUGGCAGGAACAGCUCGCGAACUCCAGCAGCGACAACGCGAGAACAGCUUCCUCGACCGCGUGAAUCAAGAAAUCCUCAUGCCGCGCGGUCUCUAUGGCAUGAUCAUGGCUUUCAAGGACCGGGUCCCAAGCGACCAGAACGGGCUGUCCAGCUCCCUCGGGAAACUCUUCUCGAAACAACACCUCGACAUCAACCAGACCGUUGAGAAGUACCGUACCCCCGAACCAAGUAAGCUCAAGAGAGGAUUGAACGCGAUUCGACUGGAGAGUGGCAAAACGUACGGCGAAGUGGAGUUACCCGAGGCUGCGGAGCUGGUAUAUCCUGAUAUUGAUCGGGCGGUGGCACAGGCUGUAGAAGGGGGAGAGGAGCAGGGACGUGUGUCGAAGUUGGAUGCACUGCGUCAGAAGGCGCAGGGGGCGGGAGAGUGGGUCAGUGGGUAUAUGGAUAACAGAGCGCAUGUCUUCUAUGAAGCCGAGCAUCCCGGCUCUUCGCUUGCGGUACCUUCCAAAGGACGCACCCCCUUGAAGUCACGCUUCAAUGACCCAAAUCAUCCGGCUAAUAGUGGCUCCUUCAUCGCACUGCUUUCUGGUGGGAUGAUUCCUGUUCCGGGGUUCGAUAAGAUGGUGUUAGCCACCCAGCGGAAGAUCGGUGUCAAGCGGCUGGUCGGAGGCAAGAAGUCUCAGAAUGGCUGGCCGGAGCAGAGUCGCCCCAUGCGCAUGGCGAUGAAGAUGAUGCAGAAGGAUGUCUUGUAUCUUUUGAUUGUGAAUCUGCCGACUGAGGAGGAGGCGAAGGAGUCGGUUACGAAGUUGGAAGGGAUGAUGCAGCGGGAGGCUGAGGCUGAGGCUGCUGCUGAAACUGCUCCCGCAUCUGCUCCUGUGGUUGAACCAAGCGUCCAACCUGCUGUCGAGUCUGCUGCUCGUUCGGAAGUUUGA